AUGACUGCACAGAUUAGGGACUCUGUGAGACGCAGGGCGUCUCUCAUUACGCCCUCCCAUGAUAUGCCGCGAAAUCUAUCCCUCGAAUUCAGCCUCCCGGAGCUUGAGCGACGACAAGAUGCCGAUCGCCCCUACGCAGAACACCCACCUCGCCAUGCCACUUCUGACUCAUCUAUGCCGUGGUCCCAGUCGCUGACGAUGCAACAAAAUGAGGAUCUUCCCGAGUACGCCGAGCGGAUCUUUUCACAAUUUAUGGUCUUCACAGUACCGAGUUAUUUGCAGCAUCACGUCACGGGCGGAGAACCGAACAAACCGAAAAAGCCGCACGAUAUCGCCGCGUUGGAUGGUUUGCGAGGAUGGGCUUGUUUACUCGUCUUCAACUUUCACUUCCUUUUCACGUAUACAUGGCAUACACAUAUAGGCUGGGGCUUCAACAAGCAGUAUUUUGGACUACAUCAGCUACCGUUUCUCCACAUGAUUUUUUCGGGGCAUAUCAUGGUCGCCAUCUUCUUUGUUAUUUCCGGCUACGUUCUGUCUUACCGACCUCUUAAGACGAUUCGCAGCGGGUCGUUUGAACAGACCUUUGCCGUACUUUCCUCGGCCACUUUCCGGCGUGGGUUGCGUCUGUACAUUCCGUCGAUCGUCGGGCUAUUUUGCGUCUUUGUUGCGGUUCGACUAGGUUUAUACAACUACUCCCGAUGGGUGGUGGAUAAUAGUCGAACGAUUACCGGCACGAACGAACAACAUCCGAUUAUUCUUCGAUCAACGUACAUACAGUUUUGGGACUGGUAUAACACAAUAUGUCGAUUAAUGAAUUUCUGGGACUGGGGACUGUAUUAUAAUAACUACAACCCUCAUCUGUGGACGAUUCCCGUCGAAUUUCGAAGUUCGAUCGUCCUUUUCGUCACAAUUCUUGCAGUCAGUCGAUUCAGAACGAAGGUGCGCCUAAUAUUAGAGGCUAUGACCCUUUGGUUCUGCAUACGGUGGGGACGAUGGGAUGUGGUGCUUUUUUUGAGUGGUUUGAUACUUGCUGAGAUCGACCUUGAAAACGGAAUCUGGAACAACACUACUAGUACGACUAAAUCCGCAUCUAUGCCCAUGCCGUCGGAUUUGGAAAAACUUGUACACACAGCCCCCAUCCAGAAUUUCUUUCAGCGACGACAUAAGGCCAUCUGGAUAGGCGUUUUCAUCUUGGGGCUAUACAUGGGCUCAUCACCAAAUAUCGGCGGAGUAUACACUCCAGGAUAUGUGUGGCUUGCUCGCAUAACCCCAAAAACGUAUCCAGAACCUCACCGUUUCCCACAAACCCUCGGCGCCGUGCUGAUCGUCGCCAGCAUCAACAACUCGAAGACUAUCCAAAAGAUCUUCGUGAACCCACUAUCUCAAUAUCUCGGACAAAUCUCUUACGCCUUCUACAUUGUCCAUGGACCUAUUCUGCAUGGACUAGGCUAUACCCUGAUGCACAAUAUCUGGCAAAUCACCGGCCGCGAAACGUCGUUUCAAUUCCUCUUCGGGGCUGCGAUCGGAUGGAGCAUCUGUCUCCCCAUCGCCCUUUGGCUUKCGGACAUCUUUUKGCGCGCUGUGGACGUUCCUAGCGUCAGGUUUGCACGUCAAUUGGAGAGUGAACUACUUGCCAAAUUUGAUGUAUCUCGAUAA